CGGACAUGGGCCACCCUACCCUGCCUGGCCUGCUGCCACUGGUGGCCCUGGCCCUGAUGGUGGGACUGUACUUUCAUGUUGCUUCUGGGAUGUCCAUCCAGAAGAGGCAUGAAGAAAAAUGUCCUGAGGGGAAAUAUGAACAUCAUACAAAUUCCUCUAUUUGCUGUCUCAAAUGUCACAAAGGGACUUACUUGAACGCUGACUGUGCUGACUCAGGCCUUGCACCUGAUUGUAAGACUUGUCCUAACGGCACAUUCACAGAGAGUGAAAACUAUGUCUCAAAGUGCCGCAGCUGUUCUCUCUGCAGAAAAGAGAUGGGCCAGAUAGAGAAGGAAUCCUGCACAGUCUCUAAAAACACAGUGUGUGGAUGUGGGGAAAACCAAUAUCAACAAAAUCAAGGGAAAGAAGAAAAUGGACUUUUCAGAUGUAUUCCCUGCAACCCAUGCUUCAAUGGCACGGUCCAUCACCCAUGUCAAGAAAAACGGGAUGCUGUGUGUUUAUGUAAUCCAGAUUUCUUUUGGAAUGACGACAAAUGCAUCUCGUGUAAUGAGUGUCCACCUGGGGAAAAAUGCAGCCCUUUCUGCCCCUCAAAGAGUAUGGAUCCAAGAGAAACAGUUCCAGUGCUGAUGGUCUUGGUGGUCUUUUUGGGGUUUUGCUGCCUGUCCCUCAUCCUCAUCUUCUUCUGUCGUUACUCAAGAUGGAAGUCCAAGCUGUAUUUACUUUUCUGGUGGAGACGGGCUCCUGAAAAAGAGGAAGAACAUGCGCAGCCGCUGGCCCCACCCCACAACUCGGACUCCACUCCGACCCCCACCCAAGUCCCUCCCUACUCUCCCACCACCCUCUGCCCUGGCCCCUCCCUCCCAGUCUCCAGCCCCACCCCCUUCCCCGCCCCUGUCCCCGCUUCCUCCUUAGCUCCUCCCUCCUCCCUUCCCCCAAAUAAUUGGCAGCCUCCGAACAAUAUACAACGUACCAUGUGUUCGGCAUCGCCCUACCAGCCGGCCGAUCCCAUCAAUCGCCCCGCCCAGAUGCCAUCAGACAGUGUCACGUCAGAUGACACCGCCCUACGUUUGGACAAGCCGGCCAUGCUGUACACGGUGGUAGACGAAGUGCCAGCCACCCGCUGGAGGGAGUUCGUUCGGCGCCUGGGCUUGAGCCCGAAUGUCAUCGAAUUCCUUGAGAUGCAGAACAGCCGCAGUUUCCGAGAAGCCCACUACAGCAUGUUGGAGGCGUGGCUGAAGGGAGUCCCGAGGCACGAGGCUACCCUGGACACGCUGGCGCAGGUGCUCCAAGACAUGAAGCUGUGUGGCUGCUUGCAGAACAUCAGAGAGGCCUUGGAGCGGGACAGCCCCUACAGACCUCUGCCCACCGUCCCCAGGUGAGGCUGUGCCAAGCCCCGCCUUCCCUUUUUAGUUCCACCACUGCGGACUCUUCACCGAAGAGGAGCCAGCCCCAAGGCCCACGCGCCUUCCCUAGAAGGGCUUGGAGGAGCCCCAGGGCAGGCAGGAUGGACGAUUUUGAAGACACCUUUUGCCUUGCCAAGUCUGCAGUCUUUGAGGGCCUCCUUUCUGGAGCCCAUUGUUUAUUUGGUGCUACAGGCUGGCCCCGGAGGACCAGCAGAGCGGACCCUGACUUUCUCAGCUAUUUACGUGCCCUGUGAAGGUGGAAGAUGGAAAGAACACAGCGAAGUGGGGAAUAAUAGUUUUACCCAAUUCUCGGCAUUGUCUAUGCUUGAGUGGGGUGGGGGAUCCAGUGAUGUAUCUGAGGAUGCAGCUGGAACAUGGCCGCCUUGUGCUUUGAAGCACUAAGACUAAAGUAUCCUUGGGCUCUCCGGCUUGGUCCCAACUCCUCCCAACGUUUGUAAAGGAGCAAUUUUUGUAACUUUAUUACACUAAUGUAAACCUAGCAUCAUUCCUUCCUCGUCAUGGUUUCCUUUUUUAUUUCCGCUCAGAGGAGCGGAAGUCAAAUACUAGGUGUCAUGGAGUAGGAGGCUGAAGGCUGAGGCCAGAACUCUCCUUUGUAAAUAUUUUACACUAAAACUUUUGACAUUAAAACUCUGGAUCAUUUA